AUGAAGAAACUCUUUAGUCGCGACAAGGCAAAGGGUAGGCCCGCCCCAUCAGACAUUGGCUCCGGCGUGCCCACAGACUACCCCCUUCCUCAUUCGUAUGCCCAGCGCCACGACCGGUCUCAGUCUCUCACUCCCUACUCCUCCGACGAGCACUGGAGCCUCAUCGACAGCGACGCACAUUCCUACACCGCCCGCUCCACCCUCUCAGUUCCCCACACUCCCCCAAUCCCAUCUUCUGGCCCUCCUUCCGCCGUUCGUGCUGCCUCUCCCGUCUCCUCCAACCACCACACUGUCGUCCCACACCCUCCGCCAAAGCACGCCCACCGCGACCCCCAGCCUCAGCUCCUCCGCAAGAAGCCCAAUGGUGUCAGCGCCUCUGCUGCCCUUGGCAUCCUGAGAGCCCUCGAUCCCCAUGUCGAGCCUCCCAAUCAGCCAGAUGUCUCUGACGAUGGCAUGACCGAACACUCUUUUCGCGAAGAAAAGAGGGAAAAGGAGAAGGAGAAACGCGGAUUCUGGGUUCCAAGAGAGAAGGACAAGGAGCGCCCGCGCGACAAGGACCACGAUUCCCAGGCAGACCUCACCAGGGUCAUCGGCUACCUUACCGCCACCUCGUCCGAGGACUGGUCUCUUGUCCUCGAAGUCUGCGAACGCGCCUCAGCCUCGGAUGCCAAUGCUAAGGAGGCAGCCAAAGCGCUCAAGCGUGAAUUCAAAUACGCGGAGCCCUCUGCGCAACUGUCUGCUGCACGGCUUUGGGCCAUCAUGCUGCGCAAUUCUUCAGACAAAUUUAUCUGGCAAUGCGCGUCGCGCAAGUUCCUAGACAAUCUAGAUGAAGUGAUCAACUCUCCACGCACUUCGCCCGUGGUGCGCGAACGCCUUUUAGAGGUUUUGGCCGCUGCUGCCUAUGCAUGUGGUAGCGAUGGCAAGGAGGUCGCCUUUCGCACCCUCUGGCGAAAAGUAAAACCGGCAGACAAGCCUGAUGAAGGCGUACCAUUCGACACGGGCGAUGCAAUGUUCUACCCUCCAACACCCAAGCACCCCCCACCUGCUCCCGAUCACCCCCUUGUAGCACCAACUCAGCGGCCACCAGUAACCGCUACAACAAUUAAACCAAAAACAUCAUAUCACACCCGCGUGAUCCCCCCGGAUGAAGACAUGCGUCGACUGUUUCAAGAAUGCAAAGUUGGAAGAGGGAAUGCGUCUUUGCUAUCGGAAUCACUUACCUUCGCGAAACCGGAAGAUUUGAAACAGAAGGAUAUCAUCAAAGAGUUUUACGCGCGCUGUCGCGCUUCGCAAGAACUCGUCUCUGCACAAAUCCCGUGGGCCUUUGCCGGUGCUGAGCGAUCGCGGCAAGCCGCGGGGCGCGGGGUGACUGCCUCGCCCAUUGCUACGCGACCGUCAGUUGAUUCGAGUCACACGCGCGCGGACUCGCAGGUUUCGCACACUGCCUUGGAAAGGGGCGAGCUGACGCAGGAAGAACAGCUACUCGCAGCGCUGCUAGCGGCGAACGAAGACCUUAUGGAAGCGCUGCGGCAGUAUGAUGAUCUCGAACGCGUUGGGAUGGAGAGGGAAGCGGAGGAGAGAAGCCGCAAGGAAACAAGAUUGGACAGGACGCAAUUGCGACCAGGGGACCUGCAUGUUCCAUUCCUCGAUACAGGGUACCCCAGUCAGGGUGGCGCGUCGUCCUCCCGUAGUCCAUCCCCCUCGCCGUCCUCGCCGUCCUUGUCUUCUGCACCAUCGUUCGUGGUCCACUCUGUUCCCCUUCAUCCGCCCCACCCCCUGCCGCCCAUCCCCCUCCAUCCUGCUCCAAACGUCACGCACGCAUCACACACUAUUACCGCGCAACCAUCGACACAAUCACUUGCUCCUCCCCCACACGCGCCGCUUGGACCUCGGUCGCGCUCACAGGGCAUGCCACGGUCACGGACACCCUCGCCCGAGAGGAUGUCGAUAAACAACCACCAUAUGCUUUCGCGUGGAUCUUUUGAGAGCUCGCGCAACGGCAAUGCUCUAGCACAAGACAUGAACCGCUUACGGGUACACCAUGACGCGGAGGUGGGGACGGUGCAGGAGGAGGUCGAGACGCCCACCCGGCCAAGUGCAAAAGCUCUUGGGAAGCGCAGAGUUAUCGAGAACGCCGAGCCAGAUCCCUUUGACGCGGACGACACGUACUAUGACCACUCGGACGAGACGCCGCGGAUGGCGGACGACGCGUUCGAGUCGGACUCGGACGACGGGCGGCAUAGAUCGCGGCCGCAGCCGGUGCACUAUGUGUACGACGCGGCUGCCGAGCGGACGCAGCAGCGGAUCCGAGAGGGCCGGCUGGCUGCGGCUGCGUUGGUCGGGAGCGUCCACUGA